AAAUUUGCACACAUACCAUACAACAAAAUUUCCCAAUUUCCUACUCCUAUCUAUUCCUUCCCAUGGCUUCUCUUCUCAACAGUGGCGUCUCCCCCUUACAUCCACACCCCACACAAAAAUCAUCCAAUCUCACUAAAUUCCUUCUUCACCCAAACAACAACUUCCCAAUCUCAAUUCCUCCCAAACACCAAAAACCGUUUUCCGUUAAAAUCCGCAGCAGCAGCGACGUUAGUUACGAGCAACGCAACAACUCAACAACCACCGAUGACAAGAUCCGUGAAAUUCUCCGUAACCGCGACUACGACAAGAAAUUCGGUUUCAACAUCGACAUCGAUUCCUUCACAAUCCCUAAAGGACUUUCACAAGAAACAAUCCGAUUAAUUUCAUCCCUUAAACACGAACCAGAUUGGAUGCUCAAUUUCAGACUCAACGCUUUCGAUAAAUUCUCCAAAAUGAAACCCCCAAAUUGGUCAGACAACACUUAUCCCUCUAUCGAUUUUCAAGAUAUUUGUUAUUAUUCCGCUCCAAAAACUAAACCCUCACUUAACUCUUUACAAGAAGCUGAUCCUGAACUUCUUCGAUACUUUGAUAAACUCGGUGUACCGUUAAAUGAACAGAAUCGUUUAGCUAAUGUUGCGGUCGACGCUGUUCUUGAUAGUGUUUCAAUUGCUACUACUCAUAGGAAGACACUUGAGAAAUCUGGUGUUAUUUUUUGUUCAAUUUCUGAAGCUAUUAAAGAAUAUCCUGAUUUAGUUAAAAGUUAUUUAGGUAAAGUUGUUGCUAGUGAUGAUAACUAUUACGCCGCGUUGAAUUCGGCUGUUUUUAGUGAUGGAUCGUUUUGUUAUAUUCCUAAGGAUACUAAGUGUCCUAUGCAGAUUUCAACUUACUUUAGAAUUAAUGCUUUAGAGACUGGACAAUUCGAGAGGACGUUAAUUGUUGCUGAUGAUCGAAGCUCGGUGGAAUAUUUGGAAGGGUGUACUGCUCCUUCUUAUGAUAAGAACCAGCUUCAUGCUGCUGUUGUUGAAUUGUAUUGUCGCGAAGGUGCAGAGAUUAAGUAUUCAACGGUGCAGAAUUGGUAUGCUGGUGAUGAGAAGGGGAUAGGUGGGAUAUAUAAUUUUGUGACUAAGAGAGGUGUGUGUGCUGGUGCGAGGUCGAAGAUAUCAUGGACCCAGGUGGAGACUGGGUCCGCGAUUACUUGGAAAUAUCCUAGUGUUGUUUUGGAGGGAGAUGAUAGUGUUGGAGAGUUUUAUUCUGUUGCUUUGACUAAUAAUUAUCAACAGGCUGAUACAGGGACUAAGAUGAUACAUAAAGGAAAGAAUACAAAGAGUAGGAUUAUAUCGAAAGGUAUUUCUGCAGGACAUUCGAGGAACUGUUAUAGAGGGCUUGUUCAGGUUCAGUCUAAAGCGGAGAAUGCUCGGAACUCUUCUCAGUGUGAUUCCAUGCUCAUUGGUGAUAAUGCAGCUGCCAAUACCUAUCCUUAUAUCCAGGUGAAGAAUCCAACAGCAAGAAUUGAGCACGAGGCUAGUACGUCCAAAAUUGGUGAAGAUCAAUUAUUUUACUUUCAACAAAGGGGAAUAGACUAUGAAAAAGCAAUGGCUGCUAUGAUCUCUGGAUUUUGCCGUGAUGUCUUCAAUGAGCUUCCCGAUGAAUUUGGUUCUGAGGUGAACCAACUCAUGAGCUUGAAGCUUGAGGGGUCAGUGGGUUAAACAGCUUGUUAGGCAUAAUUAUUUUGAAUUAGCUCAGGCAAUUGGUUCUUAAAAUUGUGGAAGUUCUCAAAGUUAGUAUCUGGAAUAAUGUGUACAUGAUGUAUAUAGAUUUUGUUUGGAACUGUGUUGCAAAAGUUCCAUCAAACAUCAGAGUUUUAAACCUUAAUAUAUGAUCUCGAUAAUUUUAUCGGAUGUUGAUUCACGCUGGA